AUGUUUAGAUCGCUCACCUCGAAUUCCCUUAAGCAGGGACAAAGGGUGUCGACCAAAGCCUUACAGCAUCAGCCAUCACCUCAGACAAGACUCUUGAAUAGUCUUGUCGAGCAACAGGGCUCGGGCCAGUCUUUUAGCUCGAAGAAAUAUAAUUCCACUGUUAUCCCACACCAACAGAGAAACGUGGGGAACUACACCGUGGCACCCCACGAGCUUUCUAACAACAACUGGCGUUCAUAUACCCCAGAAGACUCGAGUACUCAUCGGGAUCUGCUUGCGUUUGACCAGUGCUUGUUGCAGAACUCCACUUACGAUUUGGCUACCGGCCGCAUAAGCGGCGGGGUUGACAAUUUUUGGGCAGCCGUUAAAAAAAUCAUCCCCUUGUAUCGGUCUCUCGUCCACACCGGGGAGCUAGACGAGAAGAGAAUGGGGGAGUUUGUCUCGUUGCUUAGAAACGGACUGAGAAUCCAUAGACUUGAACUGUCAAAGCUCAAGAAAAACUUGGACAAGGAUUCCACGAAUCCGAUCAAGAAUAUUCAUUAUCUUCUUACAUGUGCCAUUAGAGAAGUUUCUUACAACUUACUCGACGGCUCCAUUACCUUGAAUGCUCACGGUCUGACCCAUCUAUUCAAGGCUUACAAGGAUCUGGGCUUUACCUUUGAAGCUGUUCACAUUUGGGAGACUGGUAAGAGCAACCCAAAGCUUUACCAUUUGUUCACUUCCGAGCCUGUCUUGGGAUCGAUUUUUCCAUUUUUGGUCGAGAGUGGGGACUUUAAUUUCGAGGAGGUUUGGAGCAUGUAUGAGAAGAUCAAGGCAGGCAAGGGCCGAAAUGAAAAACUGCACAAUGAAUUGCAAGUGGGCAUGAUCAGGGUUUGUCUGUUCAAGGGACGUACCCAGGAUGCGUUGAAUGUCUUUCAACAGCUGUCUUCCGACGUCUAUUCGAGGUUCAUUUCCAAAGGUAUCGAUCCUCCUAUCAAUGUCAAGAGCUAUAUGACCAUGGCUCACUUAUCAUUCAUCGGCUUCAGCAAAGAUAUUGACACUGCAGAUGUGUUUUUCAAAGAUGCCGUUAAUGAAAGCAUGCCUUAUCUGACGCCUCUCCAACUGAAUUUUGUCAAGAAGUACCUCGCCAACACUUGGGAAGUGACCCAGGAUUUUGAGAAAGUCAAAAGUAUCUGGCUGACAACAUGGAAGGACUACGAAACAAAAAAGACUUCGAACUCGUCUGUCUCGUCCUCCUUGAAUGACUCGUUCUUAUCGAUCUUUUUUGCGAAGAAUCCGGAAUUUUCAGAACCGGUUUUCCUCGAGUUGCAACAGCUCAUUGCUGACUACACAUCGAUAAGGCAGAUUGACGAGCCUUUCGUUAACGUGUUGCUUUCUAAGAGUACCAUCUGGCGCAAUGCUCGCACUUUAGAAUACAUCUUCAAAAUAGCACAGGACAAUGACUUUUCAAAAACGAACGUCUUUUACAGAUGUUGCCUGAAGGCAUGCGGUACGGUUGACAUUGGUGCUGAGCAGAUUUUAAUAUUAUUCAGACAAUUACUCAGCUUGAAUGCCUCCACCGGAAUGAAGUAUAUCGCUCAUGCAGACUGGAUCGCAUUGAGGGACGCUACAAUCAAUUCUCAACAGUUGUACACUUUCAGUGAUCCAAACUCCCGAAUUGAUAUUUACUUCAAACUUUGGAAACUGUGUGCCCCAUACUUCAUUUCCUUGGCAAACUUCAAGAACUACAUUUACAAAGAUAUCAGGCUUAAUUACAAUUACUCUCAGAUUUUCCAGCAGAUGCCAAAUAUCAAAACGGACAUUGAAGUUCCUGAAAUCACCUUAUUUAAUAGAAACGUCGCGAUCGACUCUUAUAUCGGCUACGCAUACUAG